AUGGCAGAAACGGGUAGCGUGCGUUCUUCAGAAGGUGCAAGCAGUUCUUAUGGUUUUCUUAAACUUCAAAUGAUCACACCAAUGUUUUCUCAAAGUUUCAGCUGAAGAGAAAGAACGAUCAAUUGUAACCCAGAAAAUAGAUGAGUGCAAAUUACAGCUCAAAGAGCUGAACGCAGUUCGUGCCGGUACAUAAUCAUAGUUGAUCUUCCUUUCAAAAAGAAAUUGUCUGCAGCUGACGUCGAGAAGUUCAUCGAGUCGACGAAGAAAGUGGAAACUGCGCAUGGAUUUGGAGACAAUCCCCAAAUCAACCGUAUGCGUCACAAUUUCGAACGGAAGAAUCGCAAACAUACAUCAGAUUCGGAUGCUCUCCAGGUACCAAAUUUGCAAGAUGUUUUUUUCAAGUGGAACUAAAUGUUUUCCAGAAAAAACUAGCUGACUAUGAAGAAAAACUUCGGCAGAUCAACAGCGGAGAAUAUGAGCCAAGUCCCACAAAAAGCAGCCGGCUACGGUAAUACUCAAAAAGUAGAAAUGGAUAGAAUGAUAAAUUUUAGCAGAACUGGUACCAACAUCAAGGGAAUGACUGAGAAUGUGAUUUCUGGACCUCUGGAAAUCGCCCACAAAAUCAAGUCUGCCUUCGGCUCAGCCGACGAUAUCCGAUCGCAUAGGUCAAAAAACUUCGGUGAGUUAUAA